AUCAUUCCAGUUCGCUGUUUCUCGUGUGGAAAGGUCAUCGGUGACAAAUGGAAUGCCUACCUUGAACUGCUUUCGCAGGACAAGAGCGAAGGUGAGGCGCUGGACGAGCUGCAACUGAAGCGAUACUGUUGUCGGCGGAUGGUCUUGACCCACGUCGACCUCAUCGAAAAACUUCUCCAUUAUAACCCCAUGGAGCGCACAAAAGACAAGAGGGAUUACAUGGCCCAGUCAUAG